AUGGCAAACCGAUCCCUCAAGAAAGUGAUAGAAGGGUCAUCAAAUAAUGGUCAUGAUUUAUUAACUUGGAUAACCACCAAUUUGGAAAAGCUUAUAUCUUUGAAAGACGUUAGUGAUACUGAAUUACGGGAGGUUAAAGAAAUACACGCUCAAUUAGAUGAGUUCGUGAGAUACACUGCCGUACUGGAAAAUGCAGAUGAUUUGGAACUGCAUUCAGUGUUUAUCAGCUUGUCUCAGCUCUACACGAUUUCUAUAUGGCGUUUGAAGAACGAAUACCCUGGCGUGGUUUUUGAUUCUGCAGCAUUUUUAACUAACGUAUUGUGUGAAGAAGAUGUCUCAAUUGAUGAUGAAGAUACCGACCCUAACCAAAAGAAAAAAAAGAAGAAGUCAAGUACGAGAAAAAAAAAGUACAUAUAUUCCCCAGCUAAAGACAUUGCGUGCACCGUACUUAUUCAAUUAUUUGAAAAUUUUGGAAAUAGCAUUUCUUCUUUAAUUCCAUUGUUAUUUAGUGCUAUUUUCAAGAACCUGAAAAAAAUCAUGGAAAAAAGUAAAUAUUAUCAUGCUACCUUCAUGACAACCCUUCUUCAGCUUUUCAAUGCAAUUCUGAGAAAUUCUAAUAAUGGCGAUAAAAUCCUUGAUCCUGCAACGUAUGCAAAAUUUUCAAAAUUAUCCAAAACUGUUUUCGACAGCAUUUCUGCGGAUGAGAAAGAUUUCUCAGUUACCUUUGUGGCGGUGCUGGUAGAAUGCUGGACAGCUCAUUUCAAACAAACUACUUUUAUCAGAGAACACUCCCAUGAUAUUAUAGAGACGAUAUAUUCUAAGUUUACCGAAGGUGAGAUAGGCGUUUAUGGUUUUGCGAAUGACGAGACUCGCAUCUUCACUGCUAAAUCUUUAGCAGAGGUUCUAUUUGAUUAUUACUUUUCGAAAAAUAUUCUAACUCUACAAGAAGUAUGGUCUAUUUAUGUUAGGAUUUUCUUAAACUGCGAUACACGAGAUGUGGAAAGUGGUUGCUUUGAAUCUAUUAUUCAUUUAAUUAAUUUGAAUCUACUAGCUGACAACACUUUUUUGAGUAACUCAAAAUAUUUGGAUAUAGUACUCUCUUUAAGCAAAGUCUUCAGCAGCUACGAAGUGAACAAUAGAAGUAUGAAUACAUUAUCAAGGUAUUUGAGGCACUUUCAACAUAUGCAUGAAGUAAUGUUGCCGCAUUUGAGUGACACUGCAAAGACUCAAAUGUUGUAUUAUAUUUUAGGUUGUUCUGAUACUUACCAAAACUCUUCUAAAAAUGGUUCUACUUCAAGUUUAAAGUAUGGCAUUGAUGCGAAGCCUGAGACACAGUGGCUUACAUUACUACAGCUUGACUUGACGUAUAUUUUAAUCAAUGACUUAAGUUCUACUUUUGCCACUGAGGAAAAUACUGUUAAAGAGAUUAGAGAUAAACUGGUUGAUCUAGCGACAUGUGAAAUCUUCACAAUACGUGUUCAUACGGUGGAAAUUUUAAAAGUUUUCCUGAAUAACUGUCCAGAAUAUCUUUCGGAGACCAUUGAAAACUCUUUACGUGCAUUGUCUACUGACUUCAAAUCGACGGGCAAAUUUGUUUUUCAUAGAAAUCAUGGACAUGCUUUCAUAAUAGCAAACCUAAUCAAAGAUGCCGAGAGUGACUAUAUUUCUUAUGAGUUGAUCAUGAGAAUUACGGUUUUUUCCACUUCAUUCAUUAAGAAUAAUACUACAUCUACCUCUUCCAAUUUAUACUUCAAAGGUCUUUUAUGCUGGAUAUUAUUAAUAGGAUUGAUGAAUUAUAAAGAUGAACAAUAUUUGAAACUACAGAUUCCCCAACUAUUUCUUUUCUGGAAAGUUCUAUUAACACAUACUUACACAUACCACGACGAGGAUGAAUUGUACAAGAAUUUAGAAAUCCGAAAUCAUGCUUUGACCUGUUUAUUAACAUAUUUAAGCAAUACGACAAUUGAUAAAGACAUGGCCAAGCAAGUAUCAUAUUUGCUGACUAAGUGCUCCAAUUUUAACCAUUCCAUUGAUUUGAAAUCAAAAAACAUUGAUAAUGCCCUACUGCAUAAUGAAAACAGAAUUUUGCAGGUAUAUCUCAAGCUGGAGAAGUACAUAAAUAGCGAUUUUAAUAGUUCUUUACUAAUAUUAAUCGUGAAAAAUUUUUCAGAUCCCAAUCUUUACACAGAAUCAAGUACUUCCGUUUUGAACAGCAUAAAAGACAUUCGUAACAGGAAAACGAGUAACAAGGAUGACACGGAAAAUAAUGUGGUGUUAGAAUCCUCGAUUAAUACUUUACUCCGUCAAAACAACGGCUUUGCAUUCGGUCUAUCCAGUAAAAUAACCGGGGACCGUAUUGUAAACUUAUCAAUGUCCACUACUUAUAAAUACGAUGAACCAAUAAGUGGAAGCUGGCCAUCCAAAGAUUACAACUGGUACAAUAUUUUCGAAAUGGAAGUAUCAAAGCCAAUUUCUCCAAUUUUAUCUCUGGAUUCGUUGAUCCUGCUAUAUGGAUCUGGGUCUUAUUCUCAGAUUGACCGCUACGCACCUCAAGUCACUACAUCUCUAAUAGACUCUUCUAUGGAGCUCUUUUCAUCUGUGUUCCCCUUUUUGAAUAGUAAAAUACAAUACUCUGUUAUGGAAACUUUAAAUUUGUCCAUGUUUUCCAAAAUGACUACACCAUUGAGAAGUGUGGCAAUAGCUGCCAACGUUUGCAGUGCUUUGCAUAGUGCUUUACGCAUCAUGCAAGAAAAAAAUUUAGAGUUGGACUAUUCAGUAGGGCAAUUAAUUAUCGAAUCAAUAAAGAAGAUUCAGUUCUUUAAUGACAUUUUUCUAACAAAAAUUAAGGCUGAUUGUGUAGGAUUACUUACGGCUGCUAUCGCAAGAACAUUUGGCGAUGAAGAAAGACAAAGGUUUCUUACAGAGCAGUCAAGAAUAUUCAUUAAAAAUGUCGCAGAUAUGGAUGAGCCAUACUUAAGAAUGUUUCAUGUCCUAUCAUUGGCCACAAUCUUUAAAUAUAACUCACAAUAUGCUAAUUUUGAAACAUCUUUCGAUGUAAUUUUUGCAUUAAUGAAGGAUCCACAUCCUGUUGUUCAUUCAUGGUCAUUGAAAGCAAUGCAUGUUCUUCUUGAGAAACACUUAGUGAUUGACCUGAAGACGGCAGCUCUGCUACUAAGUUCUAUGGAAGAGUUGCUGGUGCAGGAUAAGUACGGAGUUUACGGACGCUCUACUCUUCGCUGUAACUAUAACAGAGACUUUAAUUCUCACGUAGCGAUCGGUGAAAUUUCAAGGACAUUAACUGAAACUGUGGGGCCAAAUUUUCUAGAAUUAAAUACCAAGGUUCUUGAUUCGUUCAGAAAUAUAACACUCUCCCUGUUAAUUUCUAAUAACAUUCUCAACAGCAUAAGCAGCAUUAAAAUGUUUGAAAACAUAGCUACUUUCAAAAUGAAAAAUAUUCUAAACUAUGACAUCUUUAUUUCUUCCUCUAAGAGUGUAAUUAAAAGUUCAAUAGUGACAGGAAUAGGGUCAUCAUAUUUUGACACUACAUUUACGGGCUCGAAUGAGCUCAUUCCACGAACUUCAAGUUUAAAAAGCGCCUUUGAAAACUUUGACUUAUUGACGUUGUUGUACAAGUUACAGAUGGAAGAAAUAUUCAUGAAAGAAAUGGAAAAUCUAAGCUGGAGAUACCUCGCUCUUUUUCCAGAUUCCCGUUCUGUUAAGGAUUAUUUUACUGAAUGGAUAUUGCAUACUUUCAAAAAAGACCAUCAUUGGUUUGAUAAAUUAUACUCAAUUUUUAAUAUGAGUUUAGGAAGACUAUUCCAAAGCUACCACAGGGACGUAUCAGCCCUGUUAGAGCUGAAUGGUCUAAAAAAACCUUCAGAAAAAGAAAUUAAAGGCGAAGAAGAGGAAUCCAUAGCGAAUGUUAACCAAUUGGCCAACACAGAUGCCGCUGAUUUUGGAUCUGAGAACCUGCAGUGGAAGAGCAGACAGAUUAUCUUAAAUCUGAUAUUAAUGUUGUGCUUAGAAUCCGAAAAAUAUGAAAAUUUGCUUCUUGCCCUCAGCAGCAAAAUCGCGGAUCUUAUUAAAAUAUCAUUUCGUGGAUCCACAGUGAGGAAUGAAGGCAUGAAGCUAACGGGUCUACAUAUUUUGAAUUUUGUACUGAAGAACUAUUCGGUCAUGAGGGAUCCUCAAAUUCCUGAAUCGUCGAUUUUAGAACAGCAAGAGGCUCAAAUAACUAGCGCAUUAAUGCCUGCGUUUAGUAAAGGAAGCUCACCUACCGUAAUGUCCUUUGCUAUCACUGUUGCUGCUGAAGUGUUGGCAUCCAAUAUAAUGCCACCAGAUAAAUUGGGAAGAAUCUCACAAUUAUUAAUUGACCUUCUUGGUAAUUUCAAAGAUUCUGCUUCCGGUAUACGGAUAGGAGAAGCUGUAAUUGUUACCCCCAAGGCGAAAAGAAAAAUAGAACUUUCCGUUUUGGAUGCAUGGGCAGAGGUAGUGCAAAGAUCCAUUACGUCGUCAAAUGAGGCACUUAUCUCUUUUACACGGAAAUAUUGGAGCAUUUUGGUUCCAUUAUGGAUCAUUUCUCUACGUGAAUAUAUGAUGAUAAAGUAUAAUGAUAGUGAUUCCACUCUGCAAUUAAAAAACCAGUUGAAAGAAAAUGGCCUUAUUGAACCGAGAAGUACAAAAAUUGAAUUAUAUGAACCAGUCUGGUUAAACUUCGUAGAAGCGCUUGGAUGCACUCUCGAUUCAGAUGUUCAAGUUAUUCUGGCAUCUCUUAACGAUGAGGAAUUAGAGUAUUUCCUCUUUAUUUUAUUUAGCCAAUGUUUGGAGGCUAUUGUCAAGAAUAUUGAUGAUCAUUCAGUUAAAAUGCAAGUUUUACCCGCUUUACAUAAUGUCCUAAAGAGCAAUCUCUGCAUAAAAAGUAUAUUUGAGGAUGAUGUUAUUACUGAAGUUGUUGGGAUUAUGGAUAGACUGAUUUCUACCGGCGACAGCAAAGAAGAAUUUCUGCUUGUUGAUAUCAUCAGUGACUUGAUCAUUGGGUAUUCGAAGUGCAAUACUACCCCUGAGGCAUUUUUACAAGACAUUGACAAACUAUACGAAUUACUGCGACUACUGAUGAUGAUUAUUUCGGAGAGAUUGCCAUUUAUCAAGUAUAACGUGCUGACCAGUGAAGAAGAUAAUAAUGACAUAAAGAUCUCCCCCACCGAUAUUAGGUUGUUGAAAAAAACAUUCAUUGCGUUCGAAUCAAAUAUUAGUAACUUUGACAAUAUGUUCAAACUAGAUCUUUAUUCCUGUCUUUUGUUUAUCAUAGGGAAGAUUUAUGAAUGUAGUCAUCGCGAAGUAAUAAUUCCAAUCGUACUUCCACUUUUUAAGGCACUGGUAAAGGCGCUUACGGAGUCUGAGGACGAAAAAAAUAUUGUAUUAUUAGAAAUCUUCUACGGAUCAAUAAAAGACAUUAUUUAUCAUAAGCUGGAUUCAAACAACAAGGUUGCAACCAUUCUGAUAUUGCUAUCUAAUGGGUAUUCUAAGCUAAGUUCUCAGGAGCUGAAUCACUGCGCAAAUAUUCUCUCAGAGGCAUUGAAUAAUCCCGCUACACAGCCAAUUGCCUUACAAGGUUUCAAGAGAAUAAUAUCAGGUGUUUUUAAAUACCCGUUAUUACAGUACUUUAUGAAGUUGGUUAUAAAAAGAUUUUUUCAGGAUAUCAAAACAAACGAUUCAUUAUCGUUAGCAAGCAUUAAAAGUAAGUUGAUAAUUCAGUUCACGGAAGAGGUUAUUAAGAAAGAUCAAUCAAAGGCAUCAUUGUCAAUUGCUUUAUGUCUUUCUUUCCUUGCCGCAUAUCAUGGUGCAUAUGUGGACAAAGUAGACGAUGAAGUCGCGAGCGGCAUUAUGGCUUUGGCAAAACUAGACAAAGAUUCAUUUAGAGACGCCAUUGCCAGUAUUAUCAGUCCUCAGCAAAAGGCAACUAUAGGUUCCGUAAUGGAGGCGUACGUUAAAGCACAGUCCCUAGGAUCUGUCGAAGAGGCCUUUCAAUUGAAGUCUUUCGACUAG